AUGGAGCCAGUUGAAAUCAAAACACAGGGGGAAGCAUCUGCUGGCCAUCUACAAGAUGAUUUCCAGCUUACUGAAGAUAGUAUGGAUACUCAGAAGGAGGGACGCAAAACGGUGGUGCCUUAUCUGUUGGAGAUGAGUCCUGAGUUUCGAAGGCUCAAUGAAGUGAGACAACAAGCGUGGGAAGCCCCGGGGGGCGAUGAGUACUUUGCAAACAUCAGUCGAGGAAGGAACAACACUGACCAGAAGAACUCCACUCGAUACUACAAAUUCAUGAAAGUGGUAGGCUGCGAACUUGAUAGAAUAACCAAAGCCUUUCAACUGCAACCUCCGGCCUCACACCCAGUUGCCAUUCUCGAUUUUUGCAUGGCUCCUGGGGCAUUCCUUGAGAUAGGCUUGAAAAAGAACCCAGGAUCGCAUGCUCUAGCUUUUACCUUGCCUAUCUCUUGUGGCGGGUAUCGAAACUGCUUGGAAGAAACUCCCAGGGUCAAGCGAGUAUUCCUCGAUGUGACCAUGCUGGCUGCAGACAUGGAUGUGGAUCAAAUUCCCGCAGGCCAUCCGGACGCGGAGAACUUCUUGCCGCGACAGCUCAAGGAAGACCAGUUCUUCGAUUUGAUCAUAUGCGACGGUCAGACGUUGGAUCAACACUCGCGUGCAUCCUAUCGAGAGAAACGCGAAGGAAGGCGUUUGUCCCUCACGCAACUCGCCCUUGGUCUUCAACAUCUCAGGUCUGGUGGAACAAUGAUUGUAUCUUUUCGCAAGCUUGAAGCGUGGAGCACUGUCAACUUCAUCUGGACAUUUCAACAGUUCUCGUCGGUUCGCCUUUUCAAGCCAAAGAAGGCUAGUUCCAAGCGGUCUUCCUUUUACAUGAUUGCUUCUGGAAUUGAGAGUCAGCAUACAGAGGCUAUUGAAGCAGUUGCGCGGUGGAAGAGAGCUUGGCAGCUUGCCACAUUCGCCUCGGACGAAGAGUAUGACAAGAUGGUCUGGGAGGAAGACCCAUCCGGGGAGUCAUUGAUCGAGAGCUUUGGGGCUGAUCUUGUCGAUCUGGGUAAGAUGGUUUGGAAGAUACAGGCGGAUGCACUGGCCGAGGCUCCAUUCAUGAAGGGAUCGCAGGAGUCCAUGGAAAAAGAAAGAGGGACUAAGAUGUAG